AUGGAAAACGACCAAAAGUCUGUUGAUGGAGAAAGCAGUGCUGAAGAAGGUUGCAAGGCUUUUGAAGAAAGUGAUUCUGAAGAAGCAGCUCCAAAAAAAAGUAAAAAAAAAGCUAGAAAAAUCAUAAUGAACGUGGCGCUGACUAAAUACUUACACCCCUUAUGCAAAAGAGCAUAAAUGUGUAGCAUACAAAAUUUCAUAUUAAAUAUUUUGUAUAUAAUUAAUGGCAUUAUAAUGAUAUCUCUAGCUGGCUCUAUUGUUUUUAACAGUUUCCAAAUUUCAUAAUAAAUUACUUUAAGUUGGGAAUAUUUAUAUUUCAAAUAAAAAAAUUAAAAAAAUGACCAAAAAAGAAAUUUUGCUAUAGGGGUCAGUAGUGAAGAAAGCAGCCACAAAAUACUUUGGAUGAAAGCUGACUAAAACUGAAUGUGACGAAGAUUGAGAUGUAUUCUGGACCGAUAGCGCUGUAGAGCCUGACAAGUUGGCGAGAAUGAAACUCUAUCAAAAAAUCAAUCACUUUCCAGGCAUGUAUGCGCUAGCAAGAAAAAAUCAUCUUGCAAAGAAUCUAAACAGAUUGAGAAAAUCUCUCCCCAAAGAUUUUAAGUUUUUCCCUCGCACGUGGCUGGUGCCAGCAGAGUUUUCUGACUUAAGGCAGUACUCAAGCCAAAAGAAAAAUAAAGUUUUCAUCGUAAAGCCAGAAGCAAGUUGCCAAGGAAGAGGAAUUUUUCUAACAAAAAAAUUUGACGACUUUACUUUAGACGAUCGGUAUGUUGUUCAAGAAUACUUAAAGCGUCCCUAUCUUAUUGAUGGGCUUAAGUUCGACCUAAGGAUCUAUGUGCUUGUGGCUGGAUGUGACCCAUUAAAAAUUUUCCUUCACAAAGAAGGCCUUGCAAGAUUUGCAACGGAGCCUUAUAUACAGCCAAACAGCAGUAAUAUGUCAAAACCCUGCAUGCAUCUUACGAACUACGCAGUGAAUAAAAAUAACGAAAACUUUAUUUUCAAUGAAGACCCAGAAAAUGAUGAUGUGGGACAUAAGAGAAGUCUAUCCUCAGUGUUUGCAUACCUUGAAGAAAAAGGCCAUGACAUAAAUAAGCUCUGAGCAGAUAUUAAACAGUUGAUAAAUAAAACCCUUUGUUCAGUCCAGCCAUCACUGGCACAUACUUAUAAAGCUUGUCAGCCAGAUGACCCCUACAACGGAAUGUGCUUUGAGUUGUUAGGGUUAGAUGUAAUCCUGGAUAAGAAACUGAAGCCAUGGCUGCUAGAAGUUAACCAUUCUCCUUCAUUUUCAACUGAUUCUCCUUUGGAUUGGAAAAUAAAGUAUGAAGUGAUCACAGAAGCCCUCACCUUGCUCAAUGUUUCUUACAAUAACCGUAUUCGGGUUGAAAAUAAGCAAAAACAAGAUGUCCUGAAAAGAUCAACGGGAAAGAAGAAUGAAGUCGUUAAAGAAGACAAGCUCCAAGAAAUUGCCAAAGCGCAGCAGCUAAGAGAUAAGUGAGAAACAAAACACCUAGGAGGGUAUACCAAAAUCUUUCCAUGCGAAAACAUGGAUAAGUUUAACCAUAUUCUAGAAGUCGCAAAAGAAAUUUAUGAAGAAUGGACAGGCGCUUCGAAAACUAAAAAGGAAAAUAUUAAGCAUGAACUUCCCUUGCCGAAGCCUACAACAGAUAUUAGGGCACAUGUGAAAUCUGCUAACAGCAAGUCAGUCCGCAGCAUAUCAAUGGCAGUAACAAAGGAGGAAAACAAGAAAAUCCACACUAAAGCCAAUCUUUCAGGAGUUUAUGAGAGAUUAUCUAACAAUCAAAGAAAGCUGAAGCCUGAAAACGUCUCUUUCAGUCAGCCGUAUCAGCCAUUGAUAUACUAAUUGACCAAGAAUAGCCCACUAAGGAGCCAUUCUUGGUCUGCCAGAAAAAAUUUUGACAAAAGAUCCUAAUCUGCCAUUUACCACUGAGUUUUGGUGUUUCCAAAUUUUUUGGGCAAGCCAAAUGCAAUAAAAAAAAUUGUUCUUUUGCGAUGAUGCAUUUGGCUUGUCAAAAAAAUUUGGCAACACCAAAACUCAGUGGUAAAGACAAACGAUCCUAAUCUGCCAUUACCACUGAGUUUUGGUGUUGCCAAAUUUUUUUGACAAGCCAAAUGCAUCAUCGCAAAAGAACAAUUUUUUUUAUUGCAUUUGGCUUGCCCAAAAAAUUUGGAAACACCAAAACUCAGUGGUAAUGGCAGAUUAGGAUCUUUUUGUCAAAAUUUUUUCUGGCAGACCAAGAAUGGCUCCUUAGUGGGCUAUUCUUGGUCAAUUAGUAUACAUUUAGACAGUAACUAUACAACGACGCCUUCUUCUGAAGCUGUUCUAGAGCUUUGCAUCCAAAAUAUUCAGAUUCAAAAGCCAAAAAACAGUAGCAAAUCUAAGGACUCUUCUCCGAAACAUUUAAAGCUAGAAGAGAUCCUAAAAGAAAAAAGAUCUUUGGAGACAAUGAAGCGAAACUGGAUGGUAAAAAACCGAUGCCCACUUACAAUUCACUCUUUUGUGUCAAAAACCGACGAAGAUGUGUCUUUUUCGUAAAAUUCAUAUAGAUCGGGGAAUUUCUUUAUUCCCAGAAGCAUAACAUCUUUAGGCGAAACUCGAAAGCCUAGCAUUUAUUUGCCAAAAAGUGAAUAUAUUAGAAGGAUAAAGGCUCUUGGGCUUUAA